UUUUGUCAAUAUGCAACACUAACCUUAUCAUCGGCUCAGCUGAACUGAAUGUUUUAAUGUAUUAUCGUGAUCUUGUGAAUGCGUAGUUAUUUUGUGUUUAUUUUUAAACCAACACAAACUUCUAGACAAAAUGGCAACAGGCGUACAACCUCGUGACGAGGAUAUCCAAUUUACCCGGUCUGAUCUUGAAAAUAUUCAAGACGCCAUGAAGAAUAAGAAAUUUCGAGAAAUGCUUGCGGAGUACGCUGAAGAAGUACGUGACCCGGCGAAUCAAGCCCUUUACCAGAAGGAAAUGACCCAGCUAGAGAAGGAGCGUGGUUAUGAUGUAACCUUUAUUAAUCCGAAGGGCGGGUAUGUUAUCAAAACAAGCGUCGCUGGCGACCGGAAAGCGUUCGUUAAUAUUUGUAGCAAUGAUAAUGUCGGCAAACCGUCCUGCAGCGUUCAAGAGGUCGAUAACCAGAGAGGUAUGAAUUGGCAAAUACCAUACACUAUAAUCCCUCCCAGGGAAGAUUAUGAUCAGAAAAAACAGAGAUGUGUCAUUUACGAUGUAGUGUUCCACCCUGACACAUUGCGCAUGGCAGAGGUUAAUAAAAGGUUCCGUGAACUGGUCAACAAGACUGCGUUGGAUGGCUUGAUGAAGACAUACAACAUUCACCUGGAUAACAAUAAUUUACGUUUUCCUAAGUCAUUAUACAAGGGAAUGACUACUCCAGCUAUUAUUCGGAAAGAGGAUCCAGAUUUUAAGGGUAUUCCUUUAGAUGAUGAAGAAGGUGCGGAACCUUUAUCUCCUGAAGUAUUGGAGAAAUUAUAUCCACAACGCACAUUUCCAGUAGAAUCUAAAUCUGAAGAAAUUAAAAGUGUCAGUAAGUCCAAACCUAAAGCUAAAUCUAAAAAAGAAUUUAGUCAUGAAACUAUCAAUGGAUACACUAUACCCAAGUACAUUAUCAAACAACAGAAGAAUGUUGACAUGCAAGAAUUCACUUAUGACAAAAACAGUAAACAGUACACUGCUAUACCCAGUCAAAUAGUGGUUGAAAUUAAUCUUCCUCUACUGUCCUCUACUAAAGAUUGUACUUUAGAUAUUAAGGAAAAAUCACUGAGUUUAUCUUGCGAAAAGCCAGCUAAAUACAAACUUGCCAUAACUCUUCCAUAUGCAGUUAAUGAUGAAAAUGGAAGUGCUAAGUUUGAUAAAACAAAGCACAUGCUUAUUGUCACAUUACCUGUAGUCAGGGAAAAUAUAAAGAAAGAUAGUAGCAAAGCAGACAGUGGAGUAGAAAGUGAAGAAAACUCCAGUUCUCAAAGUGAUGAUGACCAGAGGGAUAAUUUAGUUGAAGAAUUAUCAUCUACUGUUGCAGAGAUUGCUAUAAGCCCUACUACUCAACAACUACAACAUAAAUCAUCUGAAGAAGCAUUCUUAGACCCUUCAUAUGGAUACAUUUUACCAUCAUACACACAUAAUGUACUUGAUGAUAUUGUUGCUUUUACUUUCCAUGUUAAAAACACUGAGCCGGACUCUGUUAAAGUAAAGAGUGAAGACAAUAAGGUUUACAUCAAAUUUACUACAGUAGGAUCAGGAUUUGUACCAGUUCAUUAUGCAGCACUUAUAGUAUUUGAUGAGGGAGUAAAAUUUGAGAAUGCUACUGGAGAACCUUGGGAUAACAAUGUUAUUCUACAGUUAGAAGUGUCUGGCAACUUGCCUGAAAAAUUCCAAAUAGGUUUGAGCGAUGCUUCUCUAACCAGUGAAUACUUUGACAUGUCCCAAGUGAAAAAGUCUUCCAGUGACCAAUCAGCUUUAAGUCAGAAACUGCCUCAAGAUGAAAUUUCUUUACCUGUUGUUGAAGUAACAAAUUUCGGCUCUGAGACAAACAUAGUAGUGUCCUCAAAUAUUGAAAAUGAGGACAGUGAUGACAUUGAAUCACCCAGAUCUCCUAAAGAGAAAGAAAUUGUGUGGGUGGACUCGGGAAUGAAUGAGACUGGAGCCAAGAGUAUACUGAGGAAACCAAUGCACAUGAUGAGAAGCUUUUCGGAGUCUAGUGUCGGAGAUGUUGCUUCUUCAAUGGAUUAUGUCAGCUCUGACUGUAUUCCUGAAGAAUCCAGCUUAAAAAAGACUGUUAGGUUCAGUGAUGUCAUUGCAAAACAAUUUUAUAGGUAUAAUUCAUCUAUUGAAGGGCAGAAGAAAAAGAAUCAAAGGAAAAAGAGUAAAAAACGUACUCAAGACAGGCGCAAGAGUGAAAGUGAGGCGGAAGAUGAUUUCAACAACUCAACUCGGAUUCCGAAAUCGAAACCGAAGUCAGCUUUAAAACAGCGGCGCGACAGCGGGCUAGCAGACACUUCUGAUGUUGAAAGCGAAUGCCACAGCACUCCAACUGGCAGAGAUAUCCCCAGCGAACGGAAGGACGACGGAAUCGACACCGACGCGUCGGAUGGAAGCGCCCCUUCAUCUGUAUUUGACAUUUACAACAAUGACAACUCGAGGAAAUCAGAACCCGUUAUAUGGAAAUCUAAAGACGAAGAGAAAAAGUCAAAAUCAGAGAAAGCAAAAGCCUCGGAACCCACAACCUGUGAUAAUAUUAAACAUAACACUGAUCUCUAUGAUCCAGAUAAACUGAACAAAGGCCAGUACCAAGAAGUAAUGUUCAAAAACGAUCUCAUAUUUGAUUUGGACAUGUGAGUGCUGUCAUUUCUUAUGUAUCUCUUAGGGAUUCACACACAGAAUGGUAUACAAAUGUCUGAUGUCCAAUUUCAUUUUAUUAAUUUAGUCCGCAUAGUAUUUUAGAUAUUAAUUUGGAAUAGUCCCAGUUUUAAUUUAGUUCCUAUCUUAUUGCGUGUAGCUAUUUUAGUUGUUUUUCGUGUUUGCUAAGUUUAUGGCAAUGGUUCACAAUAACAUCCAAGUAUGGUCAAUUAUAAAAACAUUGAAUAUAUAAAGAUUAAAUAUACAAGUGUCGUAAAUUAUGUAUGUAUUAAAAAUAUAGUACAAAAAGUUACAGUUUGUACAUUUGUCUAUAAAUAAAUAUUCAAAACUAAUUGUAAAAGGCAAUAAUUAACUUUACAACAUUACAAUUUUAAUUGCAUUUGUAUGAUGGUGUUUGUAUAAUAACUUACAAGACCCGCUUAUGAGCUAGGGCUGAUUUAGACGGCGCGCGAACUCGCAUGCGAUUUUAACCCGCACUGGUCAAAACCCGCAAUGUAAUGAAACUCGCAUGCGAGUUCUCGCAUCGUCUAAAUGAGCCCUAAAGAAUGGGAUGAAUUGACCGCCAAGGACGUCAACUGACGCACACGGUUACAGCCCAAUAUCGACCUUCAUGCAUUCUGAUAAGGUUCACGAUGGCUCCCUGCACAUAAUAGGCGUGGCGUCGAAAGGGUUAAUGUGACCUUGACAGAUGUUUGCAGUUUCCCACCGUCAUGCAAACGCAGCAUUAAAUAAAAUGACAUCUAGUGAUCUAGGUUUAUAAACAUAUUUUCAGAUAAUUUUCAUUGUGCUCAUUUUAGACAAUAUUUAAAUAUUGGGUAGUUGAAAUGCAUUUAAAUGGUACAAAAUAGACUAAUUGGUAUUAUUGGCUAAGAUUGAAAUAACAAUGUCCUGUAGCUUAAGUUUUAGAUCUAAUGCACAGUGAUGGUAGAAUGAGUAGGAGUGAAUGUAAGCAGGCACAUAUAGCACUAAACCACUUUUUUUAUACCACUAACCAACUAUAUGUUAACAAAUUGGCGUUUUAGCAUGAAGAUUAAAAUUUAAAUAACAGUGUAAAGUUUCUAGUUAAAAACGUUCAUGGUUUUAGUAACUGCUCAGUGUUGCACAGUUAAUAAAUUUUUAACAUAGUGUACCUGAUGAAAACAAAAAUAUAGUAUGUACUAUCAAUGUAAAAAUAUUGAAGAUUUUGUCACUUACCGUUAAGCAAAGCAAAGGAAUGCAUCUUAAUUAUUGUAAGUAAAGCCACCUUCAGUGACUUCAGGCCCCACCACUGCUUAAAAGUGCCACUAUCACAGAAUAAAUAAUAGUAAUAGUAGGUACAGAAGCCUCACUCUCUAACAAAACGCGUCUGUUACGAUCAGGAAAGAUAUGGCCGCUAGAUGGCGACAGCGCCACGCGCUGCUUAUGGCAAACCCCAAAAUUGGGGUCGAACGGAUGUACUUUUAGCUACCUGUAGCAAAGCGACGAAAUCGCGGAGUGAGACACGCCUGAUACUAUGCAACGUUUGUUAGGUAUUCCUGCUAUUGAGUCUUAUAAUGUUUAAAAAAGUAUGUGCUAAUCGUACAAUUUUAUUAUGGUAGUAAUCUGGAACUUAAUUGCACAUUUUUGUGUGCAGCUUGACUUUAUCACAAAGUAGCGAAUAAUCAAAAUAAUAAAUGUAACAUAGACACCGAAUUUAUAAAAAAAAUGUUAGAAAAAAAAACUUACAAAACGAUGCAUUGUUAGAUUUUGUACGCUUAACAAUAUUAACCAGUGUAACUUAAUGUACUUAGUGCAAGUUGUACUGUAUACUGCCGCGCUUAGCACAAUUAUACAAUGUAUGUACAAUUAUAUACCCUAUUGUCAUACAAUAAGGUUGAUAGCAGUACCUUCUUUACCAUAAGGGCACACGGGGCCCGUGCCCAGGGCCCCCAUCCUCAGGGGACCCCGAAGGACAGACAGUAACAAUAUAUUUGAUUACUCACAAUAAAUAGAAGAUCAUAGUAGAAAAAUGUUAGUUUAAUUAGCUCUCUUUACUUUACAAAAGGGCCCCAAAUUCUUAUGUGCCCACGGGCCCCAGCAUAGUUUAAGACGGGCCUGGUUGAUAGUAGAACAAGUUUUUAAACUAAUUGGUUGGUUUAACUUUUGUGUCCCUUUAAAAUCUUGGUUUUAAUGCUUUAAAAUCAAGUAUGCAUUUGUAGUGAUUAAGUUUAAUUAUGCACCAGCUAUUGAAAGCUAGUUGGUAGGUAGAAAGUGUUUUAACAUUUUUUUAUCAAAUAUCAAUACUGUAGACUUAGCAUGAGUGCGCCGCGACAGAAUCUCGCACGCGAGAAACGCUACCUGCCCAUCUUUGUAACUGUAUUAUGCAAUUGGCUAAUUGGAGAGGGACCGGUGGUCUGUCACGUGCUGAGCCUACUGUAUUUUAGUUGAGGGACAGAAUAAUAUCAAAAAGAUGUACAUACAUAGUUAAUCUGCCCAGUUAUUUGGUACGUAGGUAUGCUAGGCGCGGCUGUAUAAAAUAUAAUAUUUUGUGCCUUUUCUAUCACUGGCCACGCAAGAUUCAGUCGACCAGCUGUUGUCAUAAACUGGCACAUUUCAGUGAGUUUGUGUAAUUGUUUAUCGAUAGAAAUGAUCAUGAAGUUAUUGUUUUCUGUAGUUUAUUAAUCGCUAAUAUUGCUAUGGAUUGACUUUUAUGACUAGGUAUAUUAAUUAUGAUGUAAUUUUGAAUAAAAUGUGUCAAUAAAAUAA